AUGGUUAAAGCAAGCAAUUUACAAUGCAGGAUGCAAUACACAUUAUCGAAUAUCAAUAAAUAUAGACAAACGGCAAAUACUUGCAAUGAUGUUAAAGCAGAAUUUGUAGAUAAUCAAUUUAUUAGAUUCACAACAACAAGUGAUAAAACAUGUACAUUUUCAGUAGGAUUCGGAAAAGAUAAAGAUGAGCAAGCUGUAUCAAUCAAAAAAGAUAAAAGUGUUUCUUUGUUUGGCGCAACAUCUUGGAGAUGCAAAUCUUCUACAAACGGUAUUGGUUCUAUGUGUUCAACAGACAGUUCAACACCAAUGAUAUCUAUAGAACCUGAAAAUGUCAAUUCAUCAAUUAAAGUUGAAAUUGACAAUUCUCAAAAUCAUCCAAAGAUGUCAGAGCCUACAGAUUUUGGUGUAGAUUUAAGAUCAAUCUUUAGUGGCCUUGGACUUCCAAACAUUGCAACUUAUUUACUCAUAGGUAUAGGAGUUAUUAUUGCAAUUAUUAUCCUUAAAAAGUUUUUAUGUUCAAAAAUAAAUUCACAGAAGCAUAAAGUAAUAACAUUAUCUCAUCCAUCGAUAUCUUCUUCAGAUGAUUUUAAUUAA